AUGAACGGGUGUGGGAGGCAGCGUGUGAGUCGCCGCCGGGUCGGGCGCCCGCGAAGCGACGUGCGGCGGGCGGCGCGGCCGGAGCGGGACUGGGCCCGCGACUCGCGCCUGCGUGCCCCGACGGCCCCGAUUGAUCAAGUGUCUGUCGGAUCAAUCCGUCGCGGUCGGGUCGGCUCGGGCGUCUCCGAUGGCUUUCGGGGGCUCGUGACGUCACCGCGGGACGCACGCGCGCCGACAGGUGGGCGCACUGCGUCGCGGGAGGUCGUGUUAUCAUAUGAUAAGGGUAGUCAGUUUGGCCAAGAAAAGAUUAAACUCGACCACACUUCACAACAAAUAUAUAUUGAGAUAAGAUGUUCCAUCUAUAGGAAAUACCAGCCGAAAGAGCCAUCAUCACUACAUAUAAAUCAAAUCAGCGGAAAUUUUUGGUUACAGACUCUACGCUCUGACGUCUACGAACGCUACAGUUUCCGCGCCGUACGAUCCGUAGAGAGCUACGAAGUGCGUAGCGCUUACACGCUACGCAUUAGGAGAUGA